GCAAAAACGCUGCAUAAACUGGCACUGGAAAACUGGCCCUUAGUAGAAAAUAAACAUGAUUCAAUAAUCAUGGAAAACAGAGACUUGGGGGAAGUGAAAACUAGCUGCAACUCUUUCUAAGGAUGACAUUUGCCAUUUUUGUAAAAGCAACAGAUGUCGCUGUAUUUUGUAUUUGUCAAAACAAAAUCAAUAGCGCUGUUCUUUUUGUGAAAAACAAGUUUUUGUACAGGAAGCUCUUGCCGCGAAGUGCGUGGGAUCUAAUUUUACUAUUAAAAUUUUAAGAUCCUUACAAAUAAAAAAUCGAAUUAUUGGCAAAAUGACGGCCCAAACUAUUCUUUUCGAUUUCACUGUGGAUUCAGGAAAGACUUCUGAUUCUAAGCAGCGUCAGGAGAUUGCCAAAGUAGUACGAGGUGAAGUGGAGAACGUAUUUCCACAAAUUGAACUGGCCUAUCAAAUGUCUAUGGAGGACGGAUUUUUUUGUGUUCUAACAGAAAACAAGGAGACAAUGGUAACAUUGCGCAUUUUUCAACAGGGCCUAGUAACUAUGAAUAUUGAAUAUUACCUGGAAGAUGGAAAGGAGCCGUUGAUGUCUUUCGAUACAAUGCGCACAAUGGAACUGAUUUUACGACAAAAAUUGCAUUCUGAUCGUUCCAAGUAUUUACCUCCGAUAAAACGCGGUGGAUAUAUUGACAUAUACAUGACUAGUUCAGAUGAGCGAAUUAUCGAGUAUGACAUUGAUGCCCUGGUUUAUGAGGAGCGGUCACCGUUUCAAAAAAUACAAAUACUACACUCGAAAACACUUGGAAACAUGUUGAUUUUGGACGAAUUGCAAAAUAUUGCCGAGUCUGACUUAAUCUAUACGGAAACAUUGAUGAGUCGAGGAACUGAAAAUUACGAGGGAAAAGAGAUAUGCAUACUUGGUGGUGGAGACGGUGCGUUGCUCUAUGAAUUAUUAAAGGAGAAACCCAAGUUUGUCGUGAUGCUUGAAAUUGACGAACUGGUGAUGCAAGCCUGUAAUAAGUAUUUAAAUACGAUUUGUGGUGAUGUACUGGAGAAGCGAAGCGGCGACAACUAUGAAAUCGUAGUAGGAGAUUGUGUGGAAUACAUGAAAAAAUUCAUUACCGAAGGACGAAAAUUCGACUAUGUGUUUGGUGAUCUCACUGAUAUUCCAAUAACUGGAGCACCUGUUGGGGAAAUUUGGGAUUUUAUUCGGACAAUUUUUGAACAUUCGUUCAAAAUAUUAAAACCAGAUGGAAAAUAUUUAACUCAUGGCAAUGGGACGGCUUGCACAGAGUCUUUGGAGUUAUUUGAAGAUCAAUUGCGAUUGCUUCGGCCAAAAGUGAAGUUUACUACAUCAAAGGCCUUCGUGCCCUCAUUUAUGGAAGAGUGGCUAUUUUAUCAAGUAUCUUUGGCUUGACCGACUCAAACAUUAUACAAUUUAAUAAUUUACAAUGUAUGUAAUCAAAUGCAACGGCUAUAUGGUUACACACAACUCCAAAUGACCUUUUUCAGUGAGGCUUUUUUGAUACUCAGUACAAUAAUGAGUAGGUUCUAUGGAAAACUAAAUACUUCACAUCAACUUAAAAUUGUGUCGCUUCCGUUAGAAUACCUACACCACGCACUGGUUUCUUAGUGUGGUGAGAGGAAUUCGUAACUGGUAGAAUCGACUCUUAAACGCGUGGUCAUAUUACAUCGAUGUCAGCAAAACAUUGAAAGAUAAAAAAAUCGUACCAAAUAUGGAAUGCCAAUUUAUUUAUUUCUAGUUAUAAUUGUACUUAUUUCGCUAAUACUUAGUAUUUGAGUAAUAUUCGAUAGAUGCUUCCUUAUAAUCAUUAAGAUUACGUUUAAAGUUAAAACAGCCAAGGGCUACACAUCCAUACAUAUACAUAUGUAUGUACGUACAUACAUAUGUAUAUAUGCAGAAAAAAAACUAUGUAAUUCAAUCUUUAUUUAGUCUAUGACUUAUAAAAAAUCUUACAGACUAGAUUACAAAUUGAAUUGAAGUUGCAUGCUUUAAAUCCACUUAUCUCAUUAAUACAUAUAUAUGUAAUUUAAAACAAAGCUAUACGGCAGGUUCCACAAAGCACUUCCUAGUGAAUUUCAACCCCAUUCAAUUUGAAUUCCAAUGGACUGUGGUUGAAAUUCACUCGGACGUAAAUUGCAGAGCCCGCCUGAUAAUGAUGUGAUGGAUUUGGUUACUCGUAUUUGUAUCAUGUGAAAGUGGGUAUUUGAAUUACAUCAAGAAAAGAAAGGAAAUCAGAUCGGUCAGCAAGAUAAAUCAAUGUUGUGAACUUAAUGUAUACCUUUAAGUAUUAAGUAGAUUGCAUAAAGUCAAAUAAAGCCGAAAGUCGUUUGCAGAAACAAACAAUAACUAUAAAA